GGGUCCGGAGUUGGGAAGCGGCUGGUCGUCAUGGAAAGGGGCCUGUAGCCGGGCGGAGGAGGCGGAGAAGGAGGAGCGGCGGGAGCGGAGGAGAAGGAAGAACCGUCGAGGCGGAGGAGCGGGGCCGCCGCCAGCCGGAUUCUAAAUGGCUUCUGGGAAGUCGGGUUCUGACUUUCAUGGGAUCUUCAGUUACAUUGACGACGUCCCAUUCAAGAUAGGAGACAAGUUCAAGGCACCAGCUAAAGUUGGUUUGCCCAUUGGAUUCUGCCUGCCUGACUCUCCACAGCUUGUCAGGGAAACUCAGUAUGACUUUUCCCUGGAAAAGAGGACUAUUGAAUGGGCUGAGAACAUUAAGAGGAUCCAGGCCGCCCAGCAAGAGGCUGAGCGGAAGGCAGAGGAAGCUGUAGCCAGCAGCAAGGCCGCCUUGGAGGAGGAGAUCCAAGGGGGCUGCCCCUCGGGGACUGUCAUGCCGCCUCCCAUCAACCCCAUUCUUGCAAGUCUGCAGCAUGACUGUAUCCUGACCCCAACUCCAGCCAGCACCAGCUCCUUAAAGCAAAAGGCCCUGAGUCCUCCCCACACGAAGGCCGAUUUCAACCCGGCAGACUUCGAGUGCGAAGAAGACCCCUUUGAUAAACUGGAAUUAAAAACGCUUGAUGACAGAGAGGAACUGAAAAACAUUCUGCAGAUCCAUGUUGGUACCACUGGGCCCAUCGUGGCCCAGCUCCUAGAUAGUAACUUGCCCAAAGUAGCAUCUGAAUCUGUGUUGCAAGACCAGGAAGUCUUGGCAUCCUUAGAAAGGGCAACUUUGGACCUCAAGCCCCUUCACAAACCGAACGGCCUGAUCACUUUGUCCCAGCUGGGAGGCUGUGAAAAGAUGGCCCUGUCUUCCAAAGUGUCUCUUUCGCCAGUGACCUCUGUGAGCAAUAUCAAGUCUCUCUCCUUCCCGAAGCUCGACUCGGACGAGAGCGACUUGCAAGCGGCCAAACUGGCAAACUCCUCCCGCCUCCACAAUGGCACUUUCCUCAGCUCCUUGCAGAGCAAAAGCGGAGAACUGAACGGGCAUCCUAGGACUGGGCUUUCCAACCUCAAUGUGGACGGAGACCUCGAGGCUCCAACAUUGUCCUCAGCCACGUCCAGACUGCCUUCUUUGCCCACCUCUGUAGCGUGUACAGAAGAUAUCCCGGCUCUCACCACAGCCACGGCGGUGACUCACCAAAGUUUCCCGACAUCCCAAGUGCCCAGGGCCCCCGGCUGUAUGAAAUGGCCCAGCAGCUCCCCCUACGCAGAGGCGUUGCAGGCCCUUUCCUCCAGUGAGCGGCAGUGCGCCGAGACCGUGGUGAACAUGGGCUACUCCUAUGAGGACGUCCUGAAGGCGAUGAAGAAGAAGGGGCAGAACAUAGAACAGGUUCUAGACUACCUUUUUGUCCACGGGCAGUUCUGCGAGAAGGGAUUCGAUCCGCUCCUUGUGGAGGCUGCUCUCGAAAUGUAUCAGUGUUCGGAAGAGAAGACAACGGAACUUCUCCAGCUCAUGAGUAAAUUUAAAGAAAUGGGCUUUGAACUGAAAGACAUUAAAGAGGUAUUGUUAUUACACAACAAUGACCAGGACAAUGCACUGGAAGACCUCAUGACCCGGGCAGGGGCCAGUUGAAGAAGGCUGAAGGGAGCCCACUCCUGGCCCGGCCAUCCGGACCCUGGCCCUCCUUGCCAAGGGGCUCUCUCUCUCUGCAGGCAUUUGAGGAGGGGCAGCAGACCCCCAGGAAACCGACAAAGCUGGGGGGCCGUCCCAUUGGCACUCCAUUGGCGUCUCUCCACUCUGCCAUUCCCUGGAGAGAGUCCCGUCUGCUUUCUUCAAUUACAGUUUAAGUGUCCUUUCCUCUCCCCUCCCCCCCCCCACUUUUAUUUUGACUAGGCCACGGGAAAUCUUGACUGGAGCUGUACAUAGUCAGGCCAAGGCUAGUUGUAUCCUCUCUCUCCCCCAAAUCUUGCACUGGACUUGCCCCGUUUUGGAAAUGAACUACGCUUUGGUUCUUUGAAGCUGCUUUCGUUUGUGUAUGUCUGCCUGUACUGAAAAUAUGGACUCCUGGUUGAGAGUAACAGGAAUCCGGGAGCUUUAUGGGGCGGAUGGGGAAAAAUAGGGGGGCGUCUUUGGUCGAAGGGUAGUGCGCAAUGUAGUUCAACACUGGUUCUGAAACUGCCGCUAUGCAUAUAAGAGAGAAGCCUUAUGGUGGGCCCUUUUCUCCCUGAUGUUCGUUCUGGUCCGGGCUGCCCCACUCUCCUCUGAGUAGAUGAACCCAGGUCUCAGAACAGGUAAGCUGUGAAUCCCGUUUGGAUCUCCUCCAACACUGCUGAUUUUGAAACGCUGGGGAGUGAAGGCUCCCCUUGGAAAUACAUUUUCUAUUUAUACAGAUCUGUGCAAACUUCAGCCCCCCCCCCCCCCCAGGUGUUUUGGACGUCAACUCCCACAAUUGUGGGAGUUGACGUCCAAAACACUUGGAGAGCUGAAAUUUGCACAGGCCUGAAUUAUAAGCAGAAGCCCUUCUGAGCAACCAGCCAAUCAUACAGUGUGAAAUUGGAAAUCUUUAUCUUUCAAACACUUUCUUUUUUCAUAUUCACUGCAUUGGUUCCAUUUUCCCCCCACACUGCUAUAGUUACAUUAAUCUAUUAACAUCUAGUGAUAGGAAUCAAGACAUUUUGGUUUGGUUUUGAUAGUAAAAAAAUGUAUUAUGUUGUACAUGGUUAAAGAUGUAAAUACAUAAAAAAUUAUAAGCAGUCCUGAUGAUCUUUGGAGUAAUUUGCUAAGUAUUUUGGUUCUGCAGAAGGAGACUAAUAAAAACUUAAAACGUG